AGCAGCAGCAUCUCUUGCCGGCGGCGACGACGCGCGCGGGGAAGGAGGACGGAGCCCAGCGCCCAGACAGAGAGCCGCCGCCGACAGGCACCGCCAGCCCGCCGCGACCACGAGCCGAUGGGAGGCAGCCGAGGCCGGCGCCCGCCGCCCGCCGCUCUCCUCCUCCUCCUGCUGCUGCUGCAGCUGCUCCUCUGGAGCCCUGGCCGCGUCUGCGGGGAGCGCCCCUGCCCGACAGCCACCUACCGCGACCACACCACAGGCGACUGUAAACUCUGCAAGACGUGCGAUGGAAUCCGCGAAUACGAAACGAAGUGCUCUGCAACUGCCAACGCCGUCUGUCGCUGCGUCCCGAAGUUUCGGUGUGGUUCGGGGAGCCUGUGUGAACUCUGUGAAUGCACAGAAGGCCAAGAGCUGACCGAGCAAGGUUGCCAGAGCUGUCCUGAAGGGACAUUUAAUGACCGGCCUGCAGGGAGCUGCCAGCCCUGGAAGCAAGAUGGACGACCAGCUGACCACCCUCCGAGUGGCCCUGAUCCUGGCCUUGCUGCUGUGUGUCCUGCUCCUGCUGUUCUUCUGCUUCUUCUUCAGCUCCUGGAUCUCCAAGCGGCUGCCAGCCAUUUUCGCCAAAUUGCCCAUUGGGCAGCUGGCCCAGGAAGUGGAGGACUGCAGCUACUGCUACCCGGAGGAAGAGGAGGGAGGAAGCAGCAGCAGCAGCAGCAGCAGCAAAGAAGCCGCGGCCCUGAAGGGAGAGCUGCUGGGGAGGAACCCUUGAGCGGCCCCAGGACCCCUCCCCGGGGAGCAGGAGGAGGUUGAUGGUCCUCGGCAGCCUGGCUCAGGGAUGUUGCCCCCAUUGUUUAAAAAAUCAACCUGCACGGCGGGGGCCUGGAGGGAGAGGGAGGCUCCGGCCCCCCAAGCACCUUUCCGCCCAGAGCGCAGCUGCACUGGGGCAAGGCGGGGGGGGGGGCAGGCAGACACCAGCAGGCCAUGGGGGGCCAGCCCAGAAGGGCCCUCCUCUCCUGCUGCUGCUGCUCUGCCCCCUUCCCUUGAGGCUGGGCAGGAGAGCUUCCCGGGGGGCCAUGGGAGGGCAAGCCUCUGGGGCUCCCUCCUCUGAAGCCAGGGCCGUGAAGCACCUUCUGUGGCAGGAGAGCCCCGGUGGUCGUGGAAACCUGUCCUGGCCCCAGAGGGGUGGCUGUUGCCUCCCACCCUGGCUGCGCUCCGCCCGCCCUGCCCUCUGGACCCACAAAAGCCCCCCUCCCAGUGACGGCAUGACUCAUCCAGCGACCUGCCCUUCGCCUCUGACAUCAGCCAGCUCUGGAGGUUGGGGGUCGACGGAAACAUUUGUGACGCCGCUGUGCGGUUUGUGUCUGUGAUCUACCCACGACAGCCAUGACUGCCUUCUUCCGGACCCAUUUGCCAUUUGCCUUUGAGCUCUGUGAACACAGCAGCUCACCACAGUUGUGGGGUGUGUGUGUGUGCGUGUGUAACACACUGGGCUCUCUGACUGUGGUUCUAUAUUUAUACACCACCCACCCGCAAAGAUGGAAAGAUUUAACCAAGGAGGCGAAUCUCUGCCUCCAAAUCUGAUGGGGGGGGGCUGGAAGUUUCCCAGGCAGCCCCUCGAG